GCCGCAACGCAUUGUGGGGGUUGAAUGGGCUUCCAAGAUGGCAGCGUACAUGCGGCUCGGCUCCUUCAGUCGCUUGUGCGGUCGAGCCGUUAGGUCUCGGUAUCGCCCCUUCGUGGCAGUCCCCAACCAUGCUCCAGUUGGGAACAAGCCCGGGGAGGCGGCGGCUGCUACUUGUUUAACCAGGCGGUUGCAUUCAGCUGCGGCCGAGCGGUUACUGGGCUGCACUGGGUGCUGGACGGUAACCAGGGCGACCAGCGCGGCCCGCGGCAGGGGCAACCCCAACCCCCCUGCUGCUACUCGGUUCCAACAGACAAGAACCUUCCAGGACUUCAGUGAGAGGAACGGCGGUGAUUCGGUUAACUCUGGGGACGAUGGUGUGGAAGGCGGAGCUGGAGAUGGUGGGGAAGGGGAAGGGGAAGGGGAAGGGGCCACGGUCAUGGCCCCUACCAUGACAGCGCUUUCUCCUAUGAUCGUGCCCGAUGUUUUCCCCAACGUCCCCUUGAUCGCAGUCAGCAGGAAUCCCGUGUUUCCCAGAUUCAUUAAAAUUAUUGAGGUCAAAAACAAAAGAUUAAUGGAACUCCUUCGAAGGAAAGUGCGUUUGGCUCAGCCAUAUGCGGGUGUAUUUCUUAAAAAAGAUGACAACAAUGAAUCUGAUGUAGUUGAAAGCUUGGAUGAGAUUUACCAGAGAGGAACAUUUGUUCAGAUCCAUGAGAUGCAGGAUUUAGGGGACAGAUUGCGCAUGAUUGUAAUGGGACACAGAAGAAUCCAGUUAACCAGGCAGCUGGAAGUAGAAGCCGAUGAAUCAGUACCUGGGGACUUUGAGCAGAAUCCGCACAAAGUUCAGAGCAAACAAAAACUUGAGAAGAAAGAUGAAGCCAAUUGCCAAAGUUCAGAGUUGGCAAUAAAUUUGGAGCCCCAUCUGCCACCAACGGGUGAACUUUUAAUGGUAGAGGUGGAAAAUAUUGUUCAUGAACACUUUCAGGUCACAGAAGAGGUCAAAGCGCUUACAGCAGAAAUUGUGAAAACUAUACGUGAUAUCAUUGCCCUGAAUCCACUUUACAGAGAGUCGGUGCUUCAGAUGAUGCAGGCAGGACAAAGGGUAGUGGACAACCCGAUUUAUUUGAGUGACAUGGGAGCUGCCCUCACAGGUGCAGAAUCACAUGAGCUACAGGAGGUUCUGGAGGAGACCAACAUUCCAAAACGACUCUACAAGGCAUUGUCUCUGUUGAAAAAAGAGUAUGAAUUGAGCAAAUUGCAGCAACGUCUUGGAAGAGAGGUAGAAGAGAAAAUCAAGCAGACUCAUCGUAAAUAUUUGCUACAAGAGCAGCUGAAGAUUAUUAAAAAAGAGCUGGGGCUGGAGAAAGAAGAUAAAGAUGCCAUUGAGGAGAAGUUUCGAGAAAGGCUAAAGGAACUGAUUAUUCCAAAGCACGUGAUGGAUGUAAUUGACGAGGAGCUGAACAAACUUGGCUUGCUCGAUAAUCAUUCCUCGGAGUUCAAUGUGACUCGAAAUUACUUGGACUGGUUGACAACAAUGCCUUGGGGAAAAUGCAGUGAAGAAAAUGUGGGUCUGAAACGUGCACGGGAGGUGCUGGAAGAAGAUCAUUAUGGCAUGGAAGAGGUCAAAAAACGCAUCCUGGAGUUUAUUGCAGUUAGCCAACUGCGUGGUACUACACAAGGGAAGAUUUUGUGCUUCUAUGGUCCUCCUGGUGUUGGUAAAACCAGCAUUGCUCGAUCUAUAGCUAAAGCAUUGAACAGAGAAUAUUUUCGAUUCAGUGUUGGAGGAAUGACCGACGUGGCAGAAAUCAAGGGUCACAGGAGGACAUACGUUGGAGCUAUGCCUGGAAAAAUCAUUCAGUGUCUAAAGAAAACAAAGACUGAAAAUCCAUUGGUUCUUAUUGAUGAGAUUGAUAAAAUUGGUCAUGGUUAUCAAGGGGAUCCAUCGUCAGCUCUCCUGGAACUUCUCGAUCCAGAGCAGAAUUUUAACUUUUUGGACCAUUACCUUGACGUGCCAGUCGAUUUGUCGAAGGUGCUAUUCAUUUGUACUGCUAACGUGACUGAAACAAUUCCUGAACCACUCCGGGAUCGAAUGGAGAUGAUUAAUAUUUCUGGCUAUGUAGCACAAGAGAAGCUUGCAAUCGCUGAGCGCUAUCUUGUUCCUCAAGCGAUGACUAGCUGUGGGCUGGAUAAUGAGAAGGCACAUAUCACCUCUGAAGCACUAACGAUUCUGAUCAAACAGUACUGCAGGGAGAGUGGGGUUCGCAAUCUGCAAAAACAAGUGGAAAAGGUACUCCGCAAGGCUGCGUAUAAGAUCGUACACAAAGAGAUGGACAAGGUAGUGGCAACACCAGAGAACCUCCAGGAUUUUGUUGGAAAACCCAUCUUCACAGUGGAGCGGAUGUAUGAUGUCACCCCAUCAGGAGUUGUAAUGGGUUUAGCUUGGACAGCUAUGGGUGGUUCUACUCUCUUUGUGGAAACGUCUCUUUGUCGACCAAGAGACAAAGAAAGUAAAGGUGGUUCACUUGAAAUGACUGGUCAGCUGGGGGAUGUGAUGAAGGAAAGUGCCAAAAUUGCCUAUACGUAUGCCAGGUCCUUCCUCAUGCAGAAAGAUCCUACCAAUGAUUUCCUGACUUACUCCCAUAUUCAUCUCCACGUGCCUGAAGGUGCCACCCCCAAGGAUGGUCCAAGUGCAGGUUGUACAAUUGUAACCGCGUUGCUUUCUCUGGCAAUGGAUCAACCUGCAAGACAAGAUUUAGCCAUGACUGGAGAAUUGUCAUUAACUGGAAAAAUCUUGCCUGUUGGUGGUAUCAAGGAGAAGACCAUCGCUGCAAAGCGAGCUGGUGUAAAUUGCAUCAUUUUGCCAAUGGAAAACAAAAAAGACUUUUGCGAUCUACCGACGUUUAUUACAGAGGGACUGGAGGUGCACUAUGCUGAACAUUAUCAGGACCUGUACCAUACCGCCUUUCCAAAUCAAUAAGAUUACUGACCAUUGAACAGUUGAUUGAACUGACUGCAAGACAUUUCUGUGAAUUGCCCUUCUUUGUAGGAAUACAGUCAGAUGUUGUGUGCUGGUCCCAUUACACUGAUGGAGAACUUAAGACGGCAAAACAAAUUGGGCAUGAAGAUAUAUGUAGUUAUUUUACUUAAAGUAUUGUAACCAAUCUUGGCAUUGUAAUGUCAUUAAUUUUAUUAAGAGAUUUGAUUUAAUAAACGUUUCCAGAAUUAUUCAUUAAUUUUGAAAUAAUGAUUUUGGGGCAAUUGGCAUCAGUGGGUUGCAAUAGCCACAUUUAUGAGGAAGGUUUCACAUUAUCUCUUUAUGUGUGCUAAGUUUGUAUCUUGGUAUCACUGGAUGGUUGAGAACAUUUCAACAGGGUUCCCCAUCUGCAAAGAGCUGUGAUAGUGCUGCCUCAUGUAAAGCACUAUCAUGUAUGAUAUCCUAAUCAAAAUGUGUUUUAAUAUUCACUGGUCCUUUCAGUCAAUGUGUCUGGCAUGUGAUCCAUUCCAGAUAUAAACAUUCUGAAUGGUUUACACGUUUUUACUUUUUACUUAGAUGCUAUCAAUUUAGUGUUCUGCAAUGUUGCUUGAUCUAUACAAUUGACAUCAUUACCUUAUAGACAUCUUUCUAUGUCUGAGAAUAAGGCACAUUAGAAUCUCUGUGCAUUUGGUUUCAGUAACUUUAACUUUGUCUUGCAUUCAUUAAUUUAAUUGGCCUCCAAUUUAAAGAUAUGGUUGUUUAACUUUAAAUUAUCUUCAUCGUUCAGAAGAAUGCAAAUUGGCAUGAUUUAUCGAUCAUAUCGACCGUAAUUGUAUAUUGUAAGUUCAACUAUUUCAUUUUCCAAAAAAAACAACUUGUGUCGAUAUUCUGGAUAAAUAUGACUUCCACUCGUACGAGGGGAAAUGAUUAUCAAGUAGUAAAUAAUGGCAGCUUUAAGAUAAUACACCUCUACUAUUGUUACAAUACUUUGCUGAGGAAUUUGGUGCUUCGUUUUAAACCACAAACUGUUGUGAAUAAUUUUGUGGUCUUAAUGGUCAAUCUUCAGUAUAUUACUGGUCAUUAUACUUAAGUAUUAACUUUGUAUUUCCAGGUAUGUGAAAUUAAAGAUUUAUGGAGUUGUCAAUUGAAAAUC